AUGGCUUCUCAGCCGAAGCCGCGAGUUCGUCGAACAUCACAAAACACACAGUACACGUACAAUCUGGCUAAACGUAUACACGAUGUCAAAACAUACCCCGUUCUUUCUCCCCAAGGCGCCACUAUUCUACUUUACGCACAUGGCAACGGCAUCACGAUUGCGUGGCGUGGUGGCAGAAGGUUCAAAGCCCCCCAAAAGGCGACACCUCCUGCCAGUAAGCCAAACGGUAACGCGACCCCAUUCGCCGACGUGGUCAUGCUGGUAGAUAGCGACGAAGAAGAUGCACCACCGUCAAAGAAACAAACAGUGGUACCCUACGUCGACAAGCCCGAAUUCGAGGACGCCGCUGAAGAUGAGCCCUACCCGGAUAUCAUACAAACGCUCGAUCUAUCCCUGGGAGCUCCUGCCCUCCAGAUCGCCGUGCUGCCCAUCACACCCUGCACCGCAGAGGAAGCUGCCGGCGCUGGCGCCGAGACCCUCAAAGACACCAUAGUGUUCGCAGUUUCCUGCUCCAAUGCCGACGUCUACGUCUUGUCCCUACCUCUGACGCCUCCCAGCCCCGAGAGCAAGGCGCGUCCCGAAUUACGGUCGAGCUUGUUGUCAGCCACCGCCGGUUCUGGACAGUGGGGAGACUCUGUUGUGGUCUUGACCGGACAGACCAAACACAGCCAUGGCAUUGCGUUAUCUCUCGCCAAGCCACCCAAGAGUUCUAGCACGAGCGACCGGAUACGCGAGCAGGCCGGAGCUUCACUGGCCGCGCCCAGGAGCCGUCUCGUCGUUGCUUCGCACAACAAGGAAGCUUCUGGUGUGCUACGGCUGUGGGACGUGCCACUGGAUAUCAAGACUGAAGGCGGGGACAAGAGCCGCGUCAGGCCGUUCCAGACUGAAUAUCUCCCAACUCCCCUGAUCGGCAUCUCUUUUAAUCCCACAAAUACAUCGCAGCUGCUGGUCGUUGCGGGCUCCCAAGCAGCUCGAAUCUACGACUAUGCUGCGGCCUCCCUGCCACCGGAUGAUCAAUCCAUCAGUCCAUUCCCAACCAAGGGAUCGUGGCUUCUAUCCCUAUAUCAGCCCUUUGCCCGACCCACGGCCACACGGAAACCGAUUCUCGAUGCAGCCUGGAUAUCGCACGGCCGCGCGGUUUUCGCUCUCCUAGCCGAUGGCUCCUGGGGCAUCUGGGAUAUUGAGGGCGCCAGCCCGCUGGGUUCAACACUCCUGGGCAAGCAAAGCUCGGGCAUCCAGGGUGCGGCGCUGACUGCCUUUAGCGUAUCUGGGCAAAUCGAGGGCACGAGUCCGCUUCGCAACGCGGUCAACGGCGCGAGGUCCAGUGGCGAUUUCGUCCCAUUGACACCACAUAGCCGGCGCGACGCUGCCGCGUCACUCAAUGCCGUCGCAACCCCUGAAAAGCUCGCCAGUAUCAAGGGUGGCGUGACGGUGAUACCACUGCCGACUAGAGGCUCGCAGUCGGGUGACGAGAGCGUCGUGGUCUGGAUCGGAGGGCACGACAACGUCUCCGUCAUCCCUGCCGUUUCUCGAUUCUGGGACGCGCAGCUGCGAAGGAGCUCCGGUGGAGGCGUGAACCUGUUCAGCGGCACGACACCUACGCGGAUGGUCCGACUCCAAGACCUGGCGACUGGACUUCUAGGCGAGCGCUGCUGCGGCGUGAGCGCUGCCGUCGACUUUGAGAAGCUGCAUGAAAAUGACGGUGGUCUGCGGAUCGAGGUGCUCAUCCAGGGCGAGAGCCGUCUGGUCAUCGUUCGAGAGUCUGAGGAGGGCGUGGGCACCAAGGUUGGCGGCAUCGUCUCAACGAGUCGACGUCUCUUUGGCGACAGGGGCAAGGCGGAGCCGGCGGACGCUAUCAUCGUACACCCGCGGCCGAACCAGAGUCGCAAUGUGUCCUUCAGCCUCAACAUUGGCAAGAAGAGGAGUAUACGUGGACCGCCCCCUAACGUGCGGGAGGGCAGUGCCGCCUUUGAGGACGAGCCGACCCACGAUUUUACGCUACCCAUGGGUCGACCAAGGUCCGGCUUCGGAUUCAACCUCGACGCCGCGGCCGACGUGGAAGAGGACGUGGAACGCGAUGUCGAGGCUGAGAUGCUGGAUAUUAUGGAGAUUGACCGUGCUCUCGAUAGCCUAGACGACGACCGGGGCAACGGGCGGAAGAAGGUCUUCUUCGAAGACCAAUUCACUUGA